UUUAAAACUUUUGUAAACAUCACAAAAGUAUCAGUAUCAUUUUAAGCGUAUUCAAUAUAAAUUCUCGAUUUGAUUGGUGUUUGCGAUCAGAUAACUAGGAUGACCAUGUUUAAGCUUGGCCCAUUGGACUGGACUGAUCUGAACCCGUCUGCGCCCACAUUCAUACCCCGCGCCCCCCAUAACACCAGUCAA